UUCGUUGAUUACCAAUCCAAACUGAGCCCAAUGUAAUUGAGAUCCGGCUCACUCUUUAACCUAAUCCAGCCCAGCCCAGCCCGCUCAAAAUAAAACCCACAAAUUUGGAGCGGCCCAGCAGCAACAAAGUUUCCCGCUAAAACAAAGCGCCACUACAAGACCGAAGCAGAUGGUGACAGUAUUUCGGCCGGAGGGGAAACAGGGAUUCUAAUUUCUUCAACUGCGAAUCCGCGGUCGCAAUGACUUCUUUUGAGAAUCAGAAGUUCAAUACUCACAUAGUAGAUGUAGAUUCAAUAAUGGAAGUAGAACAAGAUCAGGAAGAAGAUCCAUUUCUUGGAUUCAUCGAUUAUGCGAGAUCGGUGCUUUUGCCGGAGGAAGAAGGUUGUGAUUCAAACGGAAACAGAGAAGAGACUACAGGACCAGGAUGGAGCUGGAUUGCUUGUCGGAUUCUGAAAACAUGUAUUGCUUAUUCAAGCGGAGUCACCUCUGCUAUCCUACUCUCCGAACUCUCUCAGGCUUGGAAUGAGCAACACAGGGCUCGUGCUCCAAGAAAAAGGCCAGAAUGCAUUAAUCAGUUGAAAAAGAAACAUGGGAGAAAAAAGCUUCCAAAUACUGUCAGCAUUGAUUCAAUAUAUGAAAAAAGUUUCCUCUCUUUGAGCAGUGUUUUGGAAGCUGUUAUUGUUGAUGCUUUCCUUCUACCAGGUACUAACAUAUACAUGCUUAGGUUGGGGGAUUUUUGGAGCUCCAAUACAAUUGAUCUCUAUCUCCAUCGCAGAUACUAUGACUUGGUAGAUACUAAUAAUGGGAUUCUAAAGAGAGGAAGAGAAAUUUCCCUUACUGGAUGUUAUCUUCGAACUGCCUCUGAAGGAUCUGGUUGUCCACGACUUCUGCCAACAGAAUAUCUUGUAAUGCUCUUAGAUGAGGAUCAAGAUGAUGAUGCAAUGCUUCUAGGAGCUCAGUUUUGUUCAGAUUCUUUCUCUUCCAUUACUCUUGAUGCAGUGAGCAAGGGUGCAUUUUACUCACUGUAUGCAAGGAUUGAAUCUAUUGGAUCACUGGAAACUCAGGGAAAGUUUGGUAGCAUACAGAGGAAACAAAUUACUCUUGUUGAUAAUGAUGGUGUCAAAUUGAAGUUUCUCUUAUGGGGUGAGCAGGUUCUCCUUGCCAAUCUUUUGAGUGUUGGAAGCAUGCUCGCAUUGGACAGACCAUUCAUUGCAAGUUCUGUAGAUAGUGUAAUUGAAGCAUGCGGGGAACUCUGUCUUGAAUAUGGUAGUGCAACACAAAUAUAUUUGGUGCCUUUCAUUCAGCAGGAGGAACAAGUAAGCAUUUCAUUGACACCAAAUCGGUAUCAAGGAUCCAGGCUGCCAAGCACAUUUGAUCCAAGUCAGGGCCCUAAAGUUUCUCAAGUGACCCUACCCUGUGAUUCUCAGGGGUCAAUUGACUUCAGUAAUUACCCUUUUCAAUCAUUUGUAACCGAUCUACGUGACAAGAUGACUAGUGUCAGCCUCUAUGGUAUUGUUACAGACAUCUUUCGAGAAAGAAAUACUGCAGAAGCUAUUUUCUCUUUGAGAAUUGAAGACACAACUGGUGCUAUUUGGGCAAAGCUACAUUUUUCCAAAUCUUGGUCAUUGGGAAGAUUAGGCCUUGGUCACACUAUUUAUAUAUCUGGCUUGACAUGCUCUAUGACGAAAGAAAAGCUUGUUGAAGUUUUAUGGUUCGAGAGCGACAGAUCUUCUUUUGUCAACCUGAGUUGCUUGCCAGCAUUACUGAACUCAUCUUGUCUCCAUCAGUUAUCCUACCUCUCUGAUCUAUCCAUCCAGAGUAGUCGGACACAUAUAUGUCGGGUUUGGCUUGACCAAAUUGAGCACUGUAAUGUGAAUACGAGAUUUUCACAUGCUGUUUGUGGCCAUUUUGCUAACGAGACACCUUGUGGGUUGAAAUGCAACUUUUGUCAUUGUAAUUGUGAUGCUGAAGUGAUGCGCACUUUCCAUUUGAAAAUAACCAUCGCAGAUGAGAGCACAAAAAUUUUUGCAUGGUGUACUGGUCAAACUGCAACAGAGUUGCUGCAAAUUUCUCCCGAUGAAUUCAACGAGCUUUCAGAGGAAGAGCAAGUAAUGUAUCCUUCUUCCCUUGAGAGUGAAAGGUUCAUGGUUGCAAUACUGAAUUGCAAGAGGCAGGGUUAUGGAGCCGGUGAGGAUCCAACUUUAGAAAAUGAAGGGGUUUCCUGGGAGAUUACUAGAGCACUGAAGUGUGAAUGAUAUUUAAAUGUACAAGGUCGAAAAAAAAAGACCUGCAAACUAGAGGCAACUCCAUGAUUUAAAAAAAAAAAAAUCAUGAAUUGUUGUGCAAUUUUGUAUUAUGGGUAUCUAAGAGGAAAAAAAAAUGUUUUUACCUUUUAAUGGCUGAGUAUAUCGUGUGCAUAAAUGUUAUGAGCCUUCCCAUUCCCAUAAAAUGUUUGUAGUAGUCGAGUUGUAGAGCCUGCUCAGGAAGGGAAAAGAUACAAAGCUCUGCAUAAUUUUCCCA